AUGGCGAGCCGACAAAUCACACGGCGCAUUGUCACCAGCGCAUCGAUCGCAUUAUGCCUCAUAUUCUUCCUCUUUAUUCGACCACAGGGGCCACCGAGCCCCGCUGUCCGCGCCCCAGGCCACAUCGACCACUCGGCACCAGCCGCGCCGGGGAUAACCAUCCAAGAUAGCACACUGAAGGGCGACGUGGUGAUGCCAAGGCUAGGCAAUGAGACAGUCAAGGCUGAAUUAGGUCGUGCGACGUGGAAGUACUUCCACACUGUUAUGGCGCGGUUCCCCGAGACACCCACAGAAGAUCAGAAGGAGACGCUGCGCUCUUAUAUUUACCUGUACUCCACCGUUCCGGUGCGAGGCUCUGUGCUAGAUCGGGAGCUAACGGGUGAUGACAUCAGUGGAGAAUGUGCUGAGCAUUUCAUGCAGCAUUUGAGCAAAUACCCGCCUCAGGUUUCUUCGCGUAAUGCGGCUUCUGGUUGGGCUUGCUUCGUUCAUAAUGAGGUCAAUGCCAUGCUUGGUAAGCCUGAGUUUGACUGCGCCAAUCUGGGAGAAUUUUACGAUUGCGGCUGUGGUGGGGACGAGGAGGGGGGUGAGGGCAAGGAGGGGGUGGCUGCUUCUCGGUCUGAUGCUGGGAAGGAGGGCACGGGGAAGCACGAUGGCCCUGCUGUGGAGAUCUCGAAGGAAGAGACGACCCGCGGUUGA